UACUGACUACUGAUACAUUGGUGUCAAAACUAACUCUUUGACUAUUCCAUUGUUACAAAGUAAUUAUUACAUCAAUAUACAAUAAUGGCCAAGAGUUUAAGAAGCAAAUGGAAGAGAAAAAUGAGAGCUAAGAAAAGGGAGAAGAAUGCACCAAGAGAGCUCGAGAAGCUAAAGAAAAUUUUGGCAUCGAGUAAAGAUUGCAAAGAUGUAAUUAUGACUGAAGAUGUUUGUCAAAUUCAAAAAGGUUCAGAAAUAAAGGGAAAUUUGAAAGUUGGCGAAUCAAAAAAUGAAGAUCAAAUGGAAGUUGAAAAUAAAAGAGAUAAAAAAUCGAUGCUUGAUGAAAAUGGACAAUAUCCUAAAUGGAUGCAUGGGCGUGCUAUAAAAAAAAUGAAACAAAAGCGAAAAAAGAAAGGGAAACUUGGCAACAAGAAGUUGCUAGCUUGGUAAAACUAUUAUCAAAAAAGGAAAAUGUGUUGGGCUUGAUUUCCACUCCUGUCAAAAAGUGUUGGGUAAUUGUCUGAUGGGCAGUUUUCAUAGGUUUAUCAUGAUUAACAAAGCAUAACAAAGAUACUGUGCUUUUGUAUUGUACAUAAAGCGUACAUGUUCAAACAUUGCCAUUACCCCCUGAGUACUUUAUAAAAUGUGUAUUAUUCUUUCAUUUUGGACAUUAAAAAUAUUAUUUGAUGUGAAAUAUUAUAAAUUUAGCUCAAAGCAGUUAAAGUGAACGCUCUGUCACCUUUAUUAAUUAUAUCAGUUUUGAGAUUUAUUAUGAGCUUUUUUGGUGGUAGUUUGAUUUAAUGGCGUAUUUACAAACAAUAUACUGCGACUGACGCCACCCUUUCUAAUUCUCAAACAUGCUUAAAAAAGCAUGUUAGGAAUGUAUUAUUUAAAAAUGAUCAUAUCCAACAGAAUUCAAUACAUUAUUUUGCUCUGGGAGCUGGUUUUGCUAUUUUUCCAUAUCCACAUGAUUAUCUGUUAUUGCUUUUUUCUUGAGAAAAAAAUACCCACACUUAUUUGUAAUCAAUGAUGGUUGGUUUUUUAGAAUUGAAUGUAAUUGUAUUCUGGGUUAUUAUCAGAGAAACUCAUGCAACUCUCGGGUCUUAAUCUUAUAGCAAGCAUUUCUAAAUGAUUCAAUGUUCCAUCUUUUGAGCUGUGUACUAUAUUCAAUGAACUUUUGGUGUCAAUCAAUAUCUCUGUUUUUCUUUAG